GAAUACAAAUAUUUUCUCUUCCCGCCACACUUUGGAUAUUUCUCUCUCUCCGCGCAACCAAAUGCUUGAACUUCCCCACGCGACAGUUUCCUUCUUCCCCUUUCUCUAUGACGUGAGUUACUGAGCGCAUUUUCCCCGUGUCAGAAUCUUCAUUAGGGUUUGUGAAAGAAUCAUGUCGAGCGCGUUAAGCUGGAGACACCAUGUCGUGAUUCAAGCUCUGUUGUCACGAGGCCCGCUCAUGGAGAAGGACUUGCACUCCAUGUUUGAAGAACUCACCCAGAGAAACCCAGGCACUGAUCCACAACUGUUUGAUGGUUUUAUUCUGAAAAUAAACAAGGCGCUUAGUUUUGCUAAUUUUGAGUUGCGUGCCUGCAUAGAUCAAUAUGAUGGUCAAGUUUAUUAUGGGGUGGUGAAUACUGUUUCAGAUGAACAUUCCAAGUUUGGCACGAAGUAUACUGUUCCUCAAAUUGCCUUUUAUAAGGCCAUUAUUGAAGCAAUAGUACAAGAUGCCUCUGCAAACGGUGUUAUCUCCAGCAUUCGUGCUCUCAAUCUUAGUUUGGAUGGUCAGGUUACAGUUGCGUCAGAUCCACAAUCUCAAGGAGGCCAGCCAAAUGUCCCAUCAUCAUUGAAGAAUUUCAGUUUGUCUCAAAAGGAAAAAACCCUGCAAGAACUAGUGCGGGACCAGUGGCUUAACUUAACAACAGAUGGUAUUAUUAAACUUGGUUUGAAGUCAUUCCUUGAUCUUCGCAGUUGGUUCCGGAACAAUGAUGUUACAUCCUGUCAUGUAUGCAAUGAAGCUGGAAUAAAGGCAGAGUUAUGCCAAAAUGAAAACUGUACUGUACGGAUUCAUCAGUACUGCCUGAAGCAACUUUUCUUGCAGAGAAAGGUUGCAAAAGUUUGCCCAACUUGUGGCACUGGAUGGCCAUAUACGGUACCCCAGGCAGAGGCCGUGCAGACUGAAGAUGACAAUGAACCUAGAGGAAGCCAACAAGUGACUAGUUCUGAACGAAAGAGGCAUAGAGCCAAUAGGGUUGUUGAUGAUGAUGUUGGAUGCAGCAAUCAGGAUGAGCUGAAUGAUGGUAGAGAAAGCCAGCAUGGUAAUGGAUUGGUACGGAAAAGGGGCAGAGCACGCAGAACUGAGGAUGCAGAUACAGGAGGUUCUGGUGCAUCUCAAUCUUCGGCAGCUAUUUCUGGUUCGAGAAGAGUAACUAGAAACUCUGCUCGUCUGACGUAAAUCAACAACGGUGCCUUCUUUUACUGCUGCUAGGUAUAUUUUGCUGCUGACUGUUGUAAUUUAAGCUGAACUUUUGUGGAUAUGUGAAUGGGUUCUUUAGUAAUGCAGUUAGCUAGUUUUAGUGACUAUUUCUUAAUCAGCAAUCGUGUUAUGUUAGGUUGACCUGUGGCUUGAAACGCCAACCUUCUAGUUCAGAAUACCAACAUGUAAAUUUGUGUUAGUGUCAAAGGAUCAUAUUAGAGUCAUUUUGAGGUAGUGACAUUAUUAUUUUGCUCAGCUUUGAUAUUUAAUUGUUUUUU